CUGGCUGAGUCGCGCGGCGACCGUUGCCUCGUUUUAUCGUUACGACGAUAAGUAAUAAUUUAAAAAGCGUGCUUUACUUAUCUGUACCCAUUCCAUGUUCGAUUUAAAACGCGGGAAAGAAAUUUAGGCAUUUUGUCAUUUGUUGUGUCAAAUUUUGUGAUUGUUGUGUUUGUAUUUUAUAAUAUUUUAUUGCAAAUUUUAAUUCGUGUGUACAUUUUUCGAUAAACACUGUUUAUUUCAAAUUCGUGAUAGACUUCCAUCUUCCAGUUGUGUCCAAAUUUGUGAUAAGAAAAUGGAGAAAGGUGGUGGAUCUAGACUUCUUCAAAUGCAGAAAGAAAGAAAUAUUCGUAUGGCUCGAUUCCAACAGAAGCAGCUGCAGGAACGCGAGCUGAAGAUCGCGUCAUUAUACGAGGCGCAGCAAGCACGCACGCUUGACAAGCUACGUCUCUCGCCUGCCACCAGCCCCAACAAUCAUACCAGCCCCAAUGUACAGUCAACACAUAACGUGCAGCCUGGCAAGGUACGGCAAAUGUUCGAAGAGCGCAGAACGAAGGCAGGUAUAGACAAGAGCUACCCGCUGCAGCCCAUACAUAACACGGAGCGGGCGAAGCCUCGCGCGCACAACGGAGUGCCGCGCGUCGCCAACACCCGCACAACUCUCACCACAAUCACCACACUCGACAGGAAGGCCGCCAAGACACAUCUUGUUUCCAACACACAUAUAGUCAAGAAAGAUAUUGUACACAAAUCAGAAAACAUCUUGAACGUCUCCGGUGAUCUAAAUCACAAUCAUGAGUUAGAUUUGAAUUCUAUUAAACAAUCGAAUCAACCGAAUGGUGAUUACUCUUACGUUGAUGAAGUGGAUAAGGCUGAAAACAAUUGUCUCCUGCAAGAUGAGACAUUCCCAGAGGCGAUGGCGCCCACGCCAACACCGCGCUCGCCUGAACCUAAAGCACAGGUUAAGAAAUUCACACAGAGAAAUCCAAUACAAAAACGACCGACAAGUCCAACAAAGUCCAGGCCGCAGUUAUCAAAUGCCUCCACAAAGCGAGUCACCAGCGAAAGUAACAUGCCUGAUAAAUCAAGAGUGGCAACACAACGUGUCUCCAGCACUGUACUUAAAAAAACACCUUCGACGCCGGGCAGUAAAACCCGGUCGGGCACGUCAGUGGGUGCGGGGGGUAGUGCGGGGGUCGUGGGUGGUGGUGGGGGGGAGGCGUGUGGGGUGUGCGGGCGACGUUUCGCGAGUGACCGGCUCGCGAAGCACGAGGCCAUCUGCAAGAAAGCGCACGCCAAGAAACGGAAGCCGUUCGAUGUUCUCAAACAUAGGCUGGCGGGUACGGAAGCGGAACCUUUUAUCGGCAAGCUGCGCAAGGGGACGCAGGGCAGUGGUGGGGGAAGCGGGGCAGGCAGCGGGGGCGGGGGCAAGGGGUCGGGCAAGCAGCUGAACAGCACGUGGCGACAGAAGCACGAGGAGUUCAUUCAGGCCAUCCGUGCCGCCAAGCAGGUGCAGGCACAUCUCAAGGCCGGCGGUAAACUGAGCGACUUGCCCCCUCCCCCGCCGUCUGAGAACCCGGACUACGUGUCGUGUCCUCACUGCGGCCGGCGCUUCAACCAGGCCGCCGCCGAGAGACACAUCCCCAAGUGCGUCAACUAUCAGUUCAACAAACCCAAGAAUAACAAGAAACGAUAACUUACACUACACCAGUAAGUACAUUGGUUAUAUCAACAGUGGCCAUUUGUCUGAACAAACUGUCACAUUUUAGUUCCAAAUUUAUUGUUAAAACUCUUUCUUAUCUUAAAAGAUGUUUAAAGAUUGUUUGGCAUAUAAAUUUAGAUAUUUUAUGUUAUUUGUGUUUGUAAAACGAUUUUGACAAAUACAUCGAUUUGACUUCAAAUUUGACAGAUUGACAGUACUCAUUUGAUAUUGUUACUAAAUUUGGAAUGAUUUCGGAUGUAGAAAGAAUUUAACACGUUCAAUGUUAAGAUUUUUUUCUUAUAGUAAACUCCCACCACGAGUCGGUGGCAGUGAACGUGUUAAUUUUAAAUUGUAUUUGGGAGAUUGUUUAAUAAUUAUUUGAAAAAUGCAUUUAAAACUGUUUGCUGAAUUGUUACGAAAAAUUUAUUAUAAAAUUUGAAGAAAUUUUUAUGAGCACUGAAAUUCCACUCUUAUUUGCAUUCAGUUACUACCUAAUUUCUAUUAAGUUCUUAUUCAGCCAUAAAUUAUAAAAUAACAUUAAAAGUGAAUUUCUUUAGAUUAGAAAAAUCUAGAAUUAACAAAUUAUAAUUUAAAAGUAUUAUUUUCUUAACAAAAUGUUUGAUA